AAAACGUGUGACUGCUGUGGUGAGCCGCGUGUGCUCUUUUUUCUGAGGGAUCAUCUGCUAACCUGUGUGAGCUCAAUGUUCUCUCCUGUACAGGUCAUACACUUCUCAUCGGAGACGGUGGCUGCCUUCAUAGCUGUUGUGGGGACUCUUUCAAUUCUAGCCCAGACUGUGGUUUUGGGAAUCUUGAUGCGUUCCAUUGGGAAUAAAAACACAAUCCUGCUCGGCCUUGGGUUCCAGAUCCUCCAGCUGGCUUGGUAUGGCUUCGGCUCUCAGCCCUGGAUGAUGUGGGCAGCAGGAGCUGUUGCAGCGAUGUCCAGCAUCACCUUCCCAGCCAUCAGCGCCAUUGUGUCCCGUAACGCAGAUCCCGACCAACAGGGUGUGGUCCAGGGGAUGAUUACUGGAAUUCGGGGCCUAUGUAAUGGUUUGGGCCCCGCGCUUUUUGGUUUUGUCUUCUACUUGUUCCAUGUGGAGCUGAAGGACACAGAUAUCACUGAGAAAGGUGCCAAAUCCAACAUGGCCAACCCCACAGAUGAAAGUGCCAUCAUCCCAGGUCCCCCGUUCCUGUUCGGAGCAUGUUCUGUGCUGCUGUCUCUGCUGGUGGCCCUUUUCAUCCCGGAGCACACGGGGCCCGGCAUGAGGCCCAGUGCCUACAAGAAGCACAGUAACGGAGCACAGAGUCACUCCCACAGUCCUCAAGGCAGCGGUGCAGAGGGCAAGGAGCCACUGCUGGAGGACAGCAGUGUAUAACCACAGCUCAAGGGGGGGGGGGGGAGGUUCCCUCACUUCACCGCAGCAGCAGCAUCACAUGCACAGUUCACGAGCCGGACUCCACCCUCAGG